UCCGUUCGUUGGAAAGCUCUUAAGAAAUUAAUUUCUUUAUGUAGUUUGAUUUUUGGUUUUAUUGAGUGCGCGUUGGAAUAAAAAAGACAUGAAAGACAAAAUCGGUUCAGUAUUGCUGUGGGUCAUUUAUAUUUUUCGAAUUUUUGGAUUUUGUCCCAUAUCCAUUCAUCAGAAUCCGCAAAAAAAUUCUCUUAAAGCCAAAUUCAUACUGUUAUGGUCGUUUAUAGUCCUGGCAGCUUAUAACACACUCAUCUUAACUGUGUACACAAACUACUCUAUAUUUUUGUACAUCGAAGAGAGAUUUGCCUUGUUCAAUGACACCUUAAAAGUCACCGUAACAUGCAUUUCAUUUAAUGUUUCAGCAAUUCAGUCACUGACUUCACGAAUGCAUGAACGAAAUUUUUGGAAAUUUUACAUUAAACUACGAUCUUUUAGAAGGCCUUUGGUUGAAAAUAUGACAUUUUGGGAGCAACUUGGUGAACAUUGGUCAUUUAUUUGGAAAUUUGGUGGAUUGCUUGUCAUUAAUAUUGUAUUCCAUGUUUCGUAUGCGCUUUUAUAUACGACCAUGCCGUACCAGUUACAGAUGUUUUGGAUAAUGUAUACGCCUUUUACAAUUGUUAUUGGUAUACGAAAUGCUCAAUAUAUUUUGUAUAUGAAUUUAAUUCGAUUGGAAGUGAAGAGUCUUAAUAAAGAUUUAGAUACACUCGUUGAGUUUACUAAUAUGCAUUUUAGCUAUGAGACUUUUCCACAUUUUGAAGAAUUUGUUCGAAGACGUCUCGUUGAGAAACAACGAAUUUAUCAGCUGAUAUUUGAAAUGAAUGAAUGCUUUCAAAAAGCUUGUAAUUGGUCAAUGGUGUUUCAUUUGUUGAGAGGAUACACACGCAUGCUUGUGGAUGGUUACUAUUGUGCUUGGUCAGUUAUAAGUACGGGAUUUUUGCUUAACUACGAUGAGGAUGAUCCUUUGGAAUUUGUAUUUUGGUUGGCUUACUCAACGUACACAUAUUUAUUGCGAUUCAAAACAAUGCAGAUAAUGUUCUAUUUGGAUUUGAUUACAGUUGAAAUAAAGUGUCUUGAUAGAGACUUACAACUUUUGGUAGAUUAUAAUCAAUUUGGAAUUGAUCGGGGCGCAUUUGUGAAAUUUGAUGAAUUUGUGCGUAAAAGUCUUUUGGCCAAGCAAAAGGUUUAUGAGAAUAUUUAUGAAAUGGUCAAGUGUUUUAAGAAUGCUAAUGGAGCGUCAGAGGAUGUUUUAUUGGUGCCGGCAAUUUUGGAAAUACCCAUGUUUUUGCUUACAGCAAAGAGUUGUAUGAAUGCAGCUAAAUAUAUUUCAUACAGAGUUCACAAUUUGAAGCAUAGUGCAGACAAUAUAGCAGCUUCAGUUCAGAUUCAAAAUUUUUCACUGCAACUUCUGCAUCAACAGAUUAAAAUUGAUGGAUUGGGAAUAGCUUCAAUGGAUGGAUAUAUGUUAACUAAGGCUGUUGGAUCCAUCACAACUUAUAUGGUAUUUUUCAUCCAAUUCAUGCCCAAGUUUAAAUCGAAGUUUGAUUAAAAAAAAUUUAUAAAAGAGAAACAUUUUAAUAUUUAAUUCAACUAAAUAUUAUUCAGAGAAAUAAAAUCACUACAAAUUUUGUUUUUUUUUCUUAAAUCUUUUUAUUAUUAUAUCUUCAAUAAAUAAGUAUCCAAGCAAUUUAAAAUUUAAUUUUGAUUUUUUUUAAUCACAAUCCAAAUUUAGUGUGUAAAAAAGAUUGUAAUCAUUAUUUUGGUCAAUUUUUUUUUUACAUAUUUUUUUCUAAAAUCUAAUUCAAUGUGAUAAUUUUUAAAAAUUUUAG